CUCCCCGCAUUCCGUUCAAGCGUCUGUUUCAGUGAUGGCGAAGUUUAUUCUCAUGAUUGCUUUCAGUGUGCUAGUUUGCGAUAAUAUUGGCCGUGUGUUAUGCGCCAGUAAAUGCAAGACUCACGCUGAUUGUAAAAGUCUUUAUAUUCAUUAUCGUUGCUGCGGUGGCUCAAUGAUUUUAGGAGGCGACGCCAAUGUGAAAGAGCGAAGUUGCUGGUUUAGUUCGUGUUUAUAUCGCUAUUGUGCAAACGACAGUGAUUGUAGCGAUCAAUUGUGUUGCCGGUCAAACAAAUGCGUCAGAAAAGGUUGCAAUGGAUGUGCUAAAAAUUCAGACUGUAAUAUUGGUCAUGUUUGUUGUAAAAACACUUUACCUUUGGAUCAAACUGUCUGCGGCGACAACUGUAUCAACCAAACCUGCAAUUCCAACGAUGACUGCGCUGGCCAACAAGAGUGUUGUCGAUCAGGGAAAUGCACUCGAGGCUGUAGUGAAAAGUGCGCAUCGGAUUCUGAAUGCAAUCUAGACGAAUAUUGUUGCAACAAGCGGCAGAGGUAUUGGGGAGAUAACUGUGCUAAAACUUGUGUUGGUGAGCUUUGUACUACAGACCGGGAUUGUGGGGCUCGAAAUGAAUGUUGUAUCUCUAAUAAAUGUGUUGAUCGUGGUUGUUCUGGAUGUAUUACUAACUCGAACUGCAGCACCGGGCAUUACUGUUGUAAAGAAGGACAGAGCUAUAGUGAUAAAAUCAGCGUGUGCAGUGUAAACUGCAUUGGGAAAUUUUGCAGAACGACCAAGGAAUGUGGUGGCCCGGGCGAAACUUGCGGCUCGAGUAACAAAUGCGCAGUACAAACUAGCAAAGCAUCCUCGACCAACUCUUUUCCGCCAUGGCUAAUCGCUGUUCUCACUAUAAGCCUAGUUGUAUUUUUUACUGCUGUUGGAGUUCUGGUGGCUGUGUUUGGUACGUCAAAAGAACGCGUUCGGCCAAUGCCGGCUCUCAAGCGGGAACCGUAUCUUUACAGAACACACAAUUUCAAGGAGCAGGAAUUCCAAGUCAUCAACAGAACACUCAAUUUUCGCGUUCAAACGCUCAAAUCCAAUCUAAAAGUCCUGUAA